AUGGGGAUCAGGUCAUCCAAACCUCGAUACGAUUUCUUCCUGUUAGAGCACCUGGCAGAGCUGGAGGAGCUGAAUCUGGAGGAGGAGACGGAGGAAGAGAGAGUUCAAAUAGAAGCGGGGGCGUAUUCUACUUUCAAUCUGAUACUCAAGAAGCUCCACCCCUUAUUUCCCGCAGAAACCGGGAAAGUCGUCGUCGACACAGAGACAAAGAGGGACGAGGCCGAGGAUGAGGAAGUAUUAGAGCGGUUUUGCAAUUUCAUGAAAGCAGGUGCCUGCAAAGAACCAGUCAAGCAUCUGGAAGAUUGCAUGGAGAAAGUUGACAGUGUCACCACUCACAGAAUCACUAGGUGUAAGGAACACUUGCCGAUUCUGAAGAAGUGUAUGGAUGCUCACAUUGAUUACUAUGAGCCCAUUCUAGCCAUCUUCAAAGCUGCUGAGGAUUAUAUCAUCAAUGAGAUAUCUGCCAAGUUAGCAAAAGAUCGAGAGGAGGAGUUUGCUUCCAGACCCAAGGACAUUCUGACUGUUUGGAAAUAUAAAUUACUCAGAAAGUUGGGGAAACAUUCUGAGUGA